CCCAUUUAUUAGUUGGACACAUAAACAUGGGAAAUAGGGGCCAGGUUGAAAAAUACCAGAGGUACCCUUUAACAAUCCAAAUGAAUUAAACAAAAAAACUUUGCCUUUGGUUUGUAGACAGAAUUUUCUGUGGUGGGAAUUUGCUUUGGGCUCAUGCUUAGAUUUAUUUAUUUAUUUAUUUGUGAGAUUUUGGACUAAUUUGGACACCUGCUCAGAGUUUAUCCUCUGGAAGAAUGGUGUUCAUCUCUCGUUAGACACUUGUAGAAGGUGCAUUGAAGCUGCUUUGGCAGCACACGGGGGCCCAGCGACACCUUACUAACACACUCUGUUGGUUUUUCCUUUAAUUUGUCGCCCGUCGUAGGCUCCUCCACAUUAUUACAUCCAUGUAGGAGGGCAGUUAUUAGUCAUAUAACUUGCCCACGCGGAGUCUGCGGGGAAUCAUGAUUCUGAUGACACCUCCACUGAUAUUUCUUUUGCAUGUUGUCUAUCAAAUCAUAUGAAAAAAAUAAAAGAAACUGACAGAUUUUUUAUUUGGAUCACUGCUGCUGAAAACUAUAAAAAAAAAAAAAAAGGUCCGCAGAUUCCGUUUAGGUCUGUUUAUGAGAUGGCAAUAGACAUAUAGGCAUAUACAGUAGAGUAGGCUGCAUUUAUUUUAGACAGCACGUGGUUUAAACGUGGUUUUCAUCUUGACACAUAUUUGGCAUUUACUGAGUGUGUGUAGGCAGAGUGUGUGUGUUUCAGGAAGAGAGAACACGCGCGCCUGUGUGUAAGCGACAGAGAGGCAGAGCUGGCGGUCAGUUUGAUGCAGACCUUCAGACCGGAGAGAUACGUGGCCAUAUGAAACUGGACUACCCAGUCAGAGAAGACAAGUUUGAGCCAUCGCUGAGUGCUCCAACCAACAUGAAGAUUUAUGUGUGUGUGUUUGUGUGUGUGUGUUGUUCCAUUACAGUUACAUGUUAGUGUGAAAAUGUUUGAAGAGAUAACUGUGGGUGUGUGUAUGUCAAAGGUGAAGUAGUGUGACUGUGAGCAGUGUGAUGGUGUUAAACAUGUCAGCGGAGGACACCAUAAACUGCACCAUCAGCCAUGAAAUCCACCAGUACCUCUUCUCCUGUGUGUAUAUACUCGUGCUGUUGGUCGGUGUUCCCUCCAACCUGUACUCUUUGUACCACGCUGCUCUGCAGCUGAAGCAGAAGAAUGAGCUGGGAGUUUAUUUAAUGAACCUUACUGUGUCUGAUCUGUUAUACCUGGCAUCAUUGCCACUGUGGCUACAGUACUUCUUUCAGGAUGAUGAUUGGAGUCACAGGGAGUGGCUGUGUCAGCUGUGUGGCUUCCUGCUCUAUGAAAACAUCUACAUCAGCAUCGGUUUCCUGUGCUGUAUUAGUCUGGAUCGCUACCUGGCUGUGGUCCACCCUUUAAGGUUCACCUCUCUUCGCUCUAUGAGCGCAGCGUGGCUUGUUACCGCCAUCAUCUGGCUGAAGGAGAUCGCUGUGGGUGUGGUUUUCUUUCGCCAUAAAGAACUGAGCAAAGACCGCAAGAACCAAUCAGUGUGCUUCGAGCACUACCCCAUGCGGCCGUGGGAGUAUCCAAUCAACUAUUACCGCUUCACUAUUGGCUUCAUGUUCCCACUGGCUAUUCUAUCGAUCAGCUACCUGUGCGUCCUUCGUGCUGUGGGUCGGAGCGCUGGGACCCAGCCGGAUCAGAAGACGAGAGUCAGGCAGUUAGUCAGCAGCACCAUCCUCAUCUUCCUCGUCUGCUUCUCUCCUUACCACGUCUUCCUGUUAGUACGCACCCUGUUUGAGCGGGACUGUGACUUCAUCACAGGAAUAUUUAAUUACUACCACCUGUCGUUGUUGCUGACCACCCUAAACUGUGUGGCUGACCCUGCUCUGUACUGCUUUGUGAGUGAAAGUGCACGCCGUGGCUUGUACAGAGCCAUAUUCCGGCCUAUUGGCAGGAUACUGUGCUGCUGCCUUCGCCGCGGCAAUGCCAGCCCUGCCAACCCAGCCACCGAUUCCCAUGAGGUUGCAACUGAUGAGAACAACGGUCAUCCGACUGUGAUGCUACUCACGCACACCAGCACAUUCAACUCAAAAUCAGACACUUCCAGCAAAAAGACAAUUUUAAUCACACAGACUAAUGAAAAAACUAUCACACCCUUAAUUGUCCAAAAUGAUAGACACUCUGACAAAUAUGUGGACAGUGAUGGAAAGCCCAGCUGUGUGAUAGCCAUGGAAGAGCAGAGCCAAGACACAGAGAGGACUGAAGAGACUGACAAGAAUUCCAGCUGAAACAGUCCGAGGAGCAAAUUGCGCUAGUACAGGCCUCAGAGCAGUGGGAUCAACAGAGCAAGACUGCUUGUAAAGGCACAGUCUAGCAGUGGCCCUGAGAGCCUGCUGCCCACCAUGCUAUGUUUACAUCAUCAUCAUAUCAGAUUAUAUCAUAUCAUCAUCAUCAUCAUCAUAAUCAUCGUCUAGUGGCAUUAGACUGAAAACCGUUUCGUCUCUCUCACAAGUGAUUUAUCUUCGCUUUACUACAACAACAGCCAAUGUGUGAGAGCUCAACAUAAAUCUGGCAUCUGCUUUGCCACUGUAAA